UUAGCUUCUAGCACACAUCCCUUCAGGUCUGAUCAGGAGCUGCUUGUCUUGGGGGUGAGUCCAGUGUCCACAGCCAGUUCUAGCAAGUAACACAACCAGUAAAAGCGCAAUCAUGCCUUUUGGAAAUACGCACAAUGCCUGUAAACUUAAAUAUUCCGUCGACGAAGAGUUCCCAGACCUGAGUAAGCACAACAAUCAUAUGGCCAAAGUGCUCACACCGGAACUGUACGCCAAACUGAGGGAUAAGCAGACUGCAGCUGGCGUUACCGUGGAUGAUAUCAUUCAAACUGGGGUCGAUAACCCAGGACACCCAUACAUUAUGACCGUGGGAUGUGUCGCUGGUGAUGAAGAAUCAUAUGUAACAUUUCAGGAUCUCUUUGACCCCAUUAUUGAGGACCGACAUGGAGGUUAUAAGCCAACAGACAAACACAAAACUGACUUGAAUCCUGCAAAUCUAAAGGGUGGUGAUGAUCUAGACCCAAACUAUGUUCUCAGCUCCCGUGUUAGAACUGGAAGGAGCGUUCGUGGUUUCAGCCUUCCUCCUCAUUGCAGCCGUGGAGAGAGACGGGCUGUCGAAAAGCUGUCCGUUGAAGCUCUUGCUAGUCUUGAUGGCGACCUAAAUGGAAAGUACUACGCUCUGAAAAAUAUGACUGAUGAAGAACAGCAACAACUUAUAGAUGACCAUUUUCUCUUUGAUAAACCAGUUUCUCCUCUACUUCUUGCCUCUGGAAUGGCUCGGGACUGGCCUGAUGCCAGAGGGAUCUGGCAUAAUGACAACAAGACUUUCCUUGUCUGGAUCAAUGAGGAGGACCAUCUCCGUGUGAUCUCGAUGCAGAAGGGGGGAAACAUGAAGGAGGUCUUCAAUAGGUUCUGCACUGGGCUUACUAAAAUUGAAUCUCUCUUUAAGAAUAAAAACUACGCAUUCAUGUGGAACGAGCACCUUGGUUACGUUCUGACAUGCCCAUCCAACCUUGGAACUGGCCUCCGAGCUGGUGUUCACAUUAAAUUGCCAAAUCUCAGCAAGCAUGACAAAUUUGGAGAGAUCCUCAAGAGACUCAGACUUCAAAAGAGAGGAACAGGUGGAGUAGACACAGCAGCUGUUGGAGGAGUCUUCGAUGUGUCCAAUGCUGACCGCCUGGGUUUCUCUGAGGUCGAGCUCGUUCAGACGGUGGUUGAUGGAGUAAAACUCCUUAUUGAGAUGGAAAAACGUCUGGAGAAGAACCAAUCCAUUGAUGACCUCAUCCCGGCAGCAAAGAAAUGAACGCACUAUUAAUGGCCAUGCUUUCUAAUUUAUUGGAUGACAAAUAGCAUCACUCAAGAAGACCUUGGAACCCAAUUCCUGCUUAGUAACACUGUAGAGAUUGUCUUCCAUCUGUUCAUGUUUUAGAGUUUAUUUUUUCCGUUUGAUGGCUGCAAUGUUACUGAAUAUAGAAAAUAAACGGUCUUGCCUUCA